AGCAGGGCACACACCGCGGCUGACAGGUGCUGGGGGCGGUGGCAGCGGUACCAGAGCGGGCACAGGAUGGACAUGCACCUCUCGACGCUGAUGGCCGCCAGCAGGCAACAGCCCGGGGCCGGUCCUGGCAGGGCUCUUUCCUCUUGAUGAGGAGAUUUUGGGUCUCCGGGUCCCCAGAAGUCUCCCUUUGGAUGACAGCUGCUCUCCGGGUGCUGCUGCAGGACCAAGUCAGGUGGCAAGGAGUGUUGGGCAACCCAGCGACAGCGGCUGCGGCACCAAGCCUCUGCCCUUGUCGAAUUUCUGUCGGUCUUGACAGAAAGGAAAUGUUUUGGCCAAGAGAAUACCCCUGAGGACAAAUACUGCAGCCGCUUCAUCUUGCUGUGAAAGAAUCUCAGUGCUUUUAGGAUUCAACCUGAUAUCUCAUUAAAGUGGCAAUUACCACCUUCCUAAUUGUGUUAUUGCGCUGCCGUCUCCUCUCCUAUUCUUCCCCAAUGUUGGCAUCCUUCUGAGAUUGUUCAUUACUGCCUGCAUUUGCCUUCAGCCUGCGGGCACGGCAUGACCACUGUGGCUCAUCCACGUUGUCACACAGCAACGGGGAAAUUUGUUUUGGGGCCAGACGAGGGACAUGGGGACGUCACGGGAAGCAUCUCCCUCCCCAGAGGGUGCCCAGGCGUCGUGCACUUGCUGGCCCUGGACCCUGCAGCAGUAGGACAGAGCCAUGGGUGGCACUGGAGGGCACUGGGGCAGGCCCUGAGAAGGGACACGGCUCCCCAGUGCAUCACCUGCUGUGAAACACGGGUGGCACUGGCGGGGCCGUGAGUCACUCCCUCCCUCCGCCCUGGACUUUGCCUCUUGUGGAUGCUCGGGGCAAUAAAACUGGGAGCAGGGAGGGAGUGAGAAAGGGGUGGGGGCCGGGUGCAGCAUUUGAGGUGGCCCCGGUGCCUGUCCCCAUUUCCGGGCCCACAGUGUCCCAUGCAGCAGGUGCCUGGGAGUCAGAGCUCGGCCCCGGGGCCCUCCGAGCCCACGGUCGCUGAGAUCAAAGCCGUCGUGGUCGGGGAUGGGGGCUGCGGGAAGACAUCUCUGCUGAUGGUCUUCGCCAGAGGGGACUUCCCCAAGGUCUACGUCCCCACAGUGUUUGAGAAGUACACGGCCUCCUUCCGGAUCAGCGGCAAGCCCGCCAAGAUCCACCUCUGGGACACAGCAGGGCAGGAAGACUACGACAGGCUGCGCCCGCUGUCCUACUCAGACACCAACGUUGUCCUCAUAUGCUUCGAUGUCACCAGCCGCAGCAGCUAUGACAACAUCCUAACGAAGUGGUACCCGGAGGUCAACCACUUCUGCAAGGGCGUCCCGGUGCUGCUGGUGGGCUGCAAGACCGACCUGCGGCAGGGCCACCACGACCCCGUCACCUUCCAGGAGGGGGAGGCCAUGGCCCGGCAGGUGCAGGCCACAGCCUACUUGGAGUGCUCGGCACUGCAUCGGGACAACGUCAGGGAUGUCUUCAUUGAGGCCUGCACCGUCGCGCUCCGCGGCGCCCGUAGGCCCCGCCGCAAGAAGUGGCCCCGGAACGGCUGCGUGCUCUGCUGAGACCCAGCACCAUGGGGCUGCCACUGGGGCAGCCCCGGUACCCAGGCCACUGGCACCCUCCCGGGGGCUGGGAACUGACUUGGGGAGCCCCUGAGCCCUGCUGGACAGGAGCAGACGCGUCCCCAUGCAGCACUGGCGUGGU